UUUUGAACCAAAGCGGCACUCCAGUAGUUGUCUAAUGAGAAUUUUUUAUGCUACUCUGCCUCUCUGUUGAUGUCAAAAUUAACGUUAGUCGAUACGUGUUUCAUUCAGCAAAUAUUUUUACGAACAUAAACUCCCCAGUGAGAAAUGCCCGCUGUGAUAGGCUGCAGACGGAGAAUCUGAGAAGACACCUGAAACUUCUGAGUAGUGUGCCCUGUCUCAAAAACAAAACAAGAAAAUCCGGUUUUCCUAGUGUGGAAGCAAAAGAUAAACCAUCUAACUAUCAUGGCUACUGAGACACCUGUGCAAACCUCUGAUGAGGCUGAUGAAAAUAUUCCCCCCGGAGUCACUGCUGCAGCUGGGACUUCAAAACUCAAGGUCCAAGUAGGAGAUGUGGUAGGAUUUUCCCUUACACAGCCAAGUGGAGAAAAUGAGCCUCUCUCUGACACCCACACCUUUUCAACCCCAGCUCUGACAAGCAGCCAUGGUAGAGUCAAAGCAAAGUCACGGAUCUCUGGUCUCCAGUCUGCUUUAACACCAAUUUUAAAAUACUUAAAUAUUCGCAAUAAAGGUUUGUCACCAGAGCCUUUAAAACACGGAAACAAUUCUAAUCUGUCUGGUUCCUGUUUUUCUUUAAGUUGUACCACAAAUGGUAAAAAAUCAACUGGAGGUUCUAGCCAACAUCCCAACUCAGAUUUCCCCAGUAGCCAUUUUGGCCAGUCAUUAGGAGACACGAAUUCUCCUGUGUACUGGCUGCAUGACGAAUGCUUGCCAGAAAUCACCCUCCUUGAUGAUACAUAUGACUCCAUGAUGCAAGUGACUAGACUUGAUUCACCUCUUCCAGACGGAGUGCCUGUAACAGCUGGGUCUGUGAACAGCACAUUUUCCACCCUCCAGCCUAGUUCAGCUGAUAAGGAAUGUGAAGACCACCCUCCUGAACUGUCAAAACAUCAUAAGUCAACAGCUAAUACAGACUCUGAUGCGGAGAUAGUUGCCCCUCACGAGAGCACAGAUGCUCCUGAGCACUGGCUGGAUGACAAAUUAUUCCCAGAAAUUACUCUCCUUCAUGUUACACAUGAUUCAGAGCUAUCGCCAGGAGUGGAAUUAUCCUCCAUGGAGGUCAAACAGGAUAUUUCACUUGUUGAAGGCGUGCAAAACCUCAUGCCUUCCUCAGAGCUCUGUGUGCAACUUGUGGCAGAACCUGCCAGAUUGGAGAUGAUUCAGAGUGAAGAAUUUUCAAGUACUAUUGAUGGCAAUGUCACCUGCACCUUAAGCUCCUUUGGUGAAGACUCUGAUCCGAAGAGUGUGGGGGGGAAUAUAAUGAAGGCUACCUUGGAAGGAACUCGGGAUAUUUCUAUGGACAGUGUUUUAGAAAACAGCAGGCGCUCAUUGGAAACAAGUGGACAAAAAAUGGUGAAGAUUCAAACAUCAGCUGAGGACUCACUUAGUAACCAUCUUGUUAACGUCACUCACGACAUAAACUCCUCUACUGACUUGUCUGUGCAGUGUCCUGCAUCACAGCUGUCUACUUCUGAUAUGCAGUGUGACACUAGUUCAAAGAAUGUCACUUCUGAGCUUCACGAUGAACCUGUGGUGAUCUCUGAUACCACAAAAGCAAACAAUGAAGAGUUACUCAAAAGCCAUGAUUCUGAGUUGAACAGCAAGGUGACACAGCCAAGCCCAGCUGGGUCUGUGAACACAUUUACCAUUGUCCCUCCCUCCAAUCCAAGUGCCCCCACCAAUUUAAAUGCUACUGCUGAAAUACCAUGCCCUCAAUGUAAGACACUGGACCUUCCCCCCUCUAAUGUGAAGACACCCCAAGUGGAGAGUGACGCUACAGAUCAGGCUACUUCAGUCUCUAAGAACACCACUGAAACUUUCCCCCAUAUGAAGCAAAAUUGCUCAGCUGUAAAGGCAAGUGGUUCAUGUGACGUUAAGAACGGCACUUUCGAUUCAGAAAAUUCUCUUCAAAAAUCCAGAGAGAACGCAGUUUCAAUAGAGGCUGGUGCUACAACCUUUGGCCCCCAGAACAAUACUUUCGAUACUAAACCUUCUCAGCAGAAUGGCACAAUAACUUUGUCAGAAACAAGCUCAACAAGUGACAGUCACCAGAACACUUUGGACAAGCUCUCUCCUCCCAAGGGCUGUAAUGCAACGAGUAGCCCUAAAGAAAACAGUUUGGAAGUCCACCCUACUAACCUGUCAAAACAUAAUGGGACAACAGAUAGUACAGACCCUGAUGCCAAGGUGGGUGACACCCCUGAUAGCACAUUUGAAUUUAAUCCAGCUGUAGCUUCCGGAGCCGGUCGACUUGAAACUAAGGAUCAUUCACAAUCAGAUCUGCCUAUGACAGAGGGUCUUUCUGACAAUUUAGGCCAUCAAAGCAUGGAUACAGACAACAACAAAGCAGACACAUUCAGUUGGGAUGAUACCCUAGAGUUAAAGACAGACUCUUUGAUUACUUCAACACCAAUGACUAGCUGUAAAUUGCUCAACUUCACCACUGAAUGUGACGACAGCAAAUCCAUUGGGGCACAGAAGAAACUGUAUGGGGAUGGCAACAGUGAGCAAGAUGGUCAGGUGCAAUCAGAUGCCCCAUCAAACAUAAUCUGCGAUCGAAAAACAUUCCUGACGCAACCCACUGCCAAAUCCCUUUUGCCUCCUUCGAAAGCUGCGUCCCAGUUGUUGAAAUACAAGCCAGCCUCAUCACUUCCAGGACGGUUUGAGCUGCUCACAUCAGGCCUACCCAUGACAAGACAUAGAACACAAGGCGGAGGGUUGAGAAAUACUGCUGCUUGUGAUGCACCCCAGGUGACUACAGGAAUAUCAAACUCCUACAACUUACGUGCUACAACAACAGGAUCCAAGCAGCCAAUAUCUGGCUUGCGAAAACCGCAGUCGAGUGACAUACCAUCUUCAGGCAUCCAGAGAGCUGCAACAGGUCUCAGGCCGCCUUUAGCAAGAAGCAACGCACCGUCUUGUUCAGGCACUAACCAGCUCCGUGGACCAACAGCAACGAACCAUGUGACCACGGCAAAGAAGCACCCUUUAAAAAGAGGUGAAGCGUUGCCAAUAGCAAAGAAGAAAAAAAUCGAUGCUGCGGUGCCAGCCAUUGCUGCUGAAACGUCAACAUCUUGCAAUACUGUUACCAGAGCCAGAGCCCUGAAACAGCCUCUAACCAGCCAUAGAGCUGUUCCACCUAAACCCCAAAGCCACGGAUGUGCCAAAUGUGUUGUGCAUGAACAGCAACUCCGAAUUCUGUCUGAAGAAAUAAGGAGACUGAAAUCAGAGCUGCUGAAGAGGAGUCCACAAGAGGGGGAACAAUGAUUGUUGCUUACGUGUUAUUACACUCAAAAUACUUUCUAUUUAGUACAUGCAAUUUAAAAAUGUUUAUAAUAAAGUUGCUUUUAAAUAAAUGUGCUGUGAAUCA